AAGGAGAGAGAGAGAGAGAGAGAGAGAGAGAGUGAAUGAGAGUAAGAGCAGGUUGGAAGAGAGAAUGUAUGUGGGUGUGUAUGUUUGUGAGUGUUAUAAGGCUUCUCUUUACACAGCAUCUCGCUGCAGUGUGAGAGAGAAGAGCCAAUUGUUAUGAUGGGACCACAUCAGUUUCGGAUUGCCUUACUGUGGAUUAUCUAUGAAAUAUGUAUGAUGUUUACAUUUACUAAAGCUUUAAUAAAUGAUCUACGACGAUGUGAUCCCAACAAUAUCAUACAGUGUAUCCAGCCUAUGCACAAACACAUUUCUGAAAUGGGAGGCCUUGGAGAAACAUACGAUAUAGAGACGUUGGAAGAUAUAUGUGGGAAAAUGGACAAAGUAAAAGAAUGCAUAGAGAACAAGAAACCUUGGAUGGAACACUGUCACAUCGAUAACAUGAUAUCUUGGGAUAUGUUCCAGAAAGGUUUUGGCUAUCUUUGUGGUGAAGGAUAUGAUGUGUAUGCACAAAAUUCAAGAUGCCUAUCCAACACACAAGUUAAUGGUACAGUAAGACAAUGUUCCAGAAUAUGGUCACGCCAGUUACAUGCAAUUAUAUUAGAUGAACCACCACGGGCACAAAAGUACAAGAGAACAUGCAGAAUCCUGAAAGACUAUCGGAGUUGUCUAUCACAUGGUAUCCAGCGAUUCUGUUCCAAAGGUGCUGCACAUGUCAUGGUAAAGAUGUGGGAUUUAUCAUUAGCACCGUUUCGAGAGAAAAUGAUGUGUGAUGAAAAAAUAGGAGCUGGCCUGGUUGUUGCUGUAAUCCUGGGAGUCUGUUGCUUCGUCUUAGUUGCUAUCUUCAUAGUCUGCCUCAUGCGUCGGCGUCAACUACAAUCUAUAAGUUACAAAAGGUUCACAGAUAUCACGGCUCAGCCGAGCAUUGUACCACCAGAAUCUCAUUUCCCUACUAUUGCAGCACAUGCUCUCAGACAAGAAGACCCAGCAAGAACGAAUGACCUUUUAUAAGAAAAAAAAUAUACAAAAGGGAAACGAAAAAGAAAGCAGGAACAAGAUAUCAAAAUAAAAGACAAUAAUAACAAUAAUAA